AUGUCGCUUUCUUCCGAGCUGCGCGAUCGGUUCACCGACAUAAUCGAUUCAAUUCUAGCAAAAAGUGACCUCAACACCAUCUCCGAGAAGCGCAUUCGUAAGGGUCUGCAGGAGGAAGUCGGCUAUGACCUCACUCCCCAGAAGGCUGCGGUUAAGGAGCUCAUCAUGGCGCGAUUUGACAUCUACGCGGAGAAAAACGGGGUUGGCGAAUCGCCCGAGCCCGCAAACAACAGUCACCAGGAUGGCGAUUCUGCCUCCGCGGUACCGUCACCGGCCACGGCCACAUCCUCGUCUCCCGUGAAGCGCCAGGCCGACAGCGAAGAAGCCUCCGAUCCCAGCCAAUCCUCUCCUCCCCCGAAAAAACUCAAGUCGGAGGCUGAUGUUGAUGCCGACGCGUUGUUUGCUGCUAAGCUACAAGCUGAAGAGAACCUGCGGGCGCGACCAACGCGAGGGGGAAAUACGCGACGGGCCGCUCCGACAAAGAAAAAGAGCAAAUCCAAGGCCAAAACUUCGAAGAGAGUUAAGGCAGAGGAUGAUUCAGAUGUUGAAUCUGGCUCCGACACAAAGAAGGAGGUCAAUCGGACAGGUGGUUUCCAUAAACCUCUCAAUCUCUCACCCCCUCUAGCUGCGCUCCUGGGAGAGCCCACGUUAUCACGUCCUCAAACCGUGAAAAAGGUCUGGCAAUAUAUCCGGGAAAAAGAACUCCAGGACCCAAGUGAUAGACGCCAGAUCCGUUGCGACGAUGCGAUGCGCGCCGUCUUCAAACAAGAUCGGGUACACAUGUUCACUAUGACCAAAAUCCUGAACCAGAACCUGUAUAACCCCGACGAGUAA